AUGUCAAGACACGUCCUCCUUAGCCUCUCCGCGGAUUCGCCUUCGGGUUCCAACAUUGUUUAUCCUGAACGUCGCAUCAUACUAACCCCAGAGAACGCUAAGAUUACCAUUGGCCGAGCGUCCAAGAAGCUGGACAGUUGUUUCGUCGCUGCCCUUGACAACGCGUGGUUUGAUUGCGCAAAGCUCGAGAUCCAUGACGUGGGCUCGCUCCACGGAACCUUUAUAAACGGCGGCGGCCGCAUCCCCCGCACGGAAACCCGAGAACUCAAGGAUGGAGACAUGCUUCGAUUCGGCGCUCCGAUCUGGCGGGGUACGGAGCAGUAUGUGCCGACCACGGUCAAGGUUGGCGUCCAGUUUGUCAAUCCCGAUACAUCAGCGAGUGGUACAUUCCAGGUACCCGACUCUGAUGAUGAGUCGGAUAUCGAUGUAUCCACCGAUAGCGAUGAGAGUGGGGAAAGCGCGGAGCAGCGUUCGCCCACUGCGCAGAGUACCAGAGUCCUCACCCAGCCCAACGUGAUUGACCUGACGAGCAACCAUGGUUGUGCCGGAUCUCGGCAGGUGAUUGACUUGUCAUCCGACUGUGGCUCUCCCAUCUCGAUCGGCGACGACAAUGAGCACCACGCUACCAGUCAUGCGGAUCCCGUCAACCGCAACUUGGAUGAUCUCGACAUCAACCACUCAGCCAGCCCUGAUGGCACAGAUGACCUGAGUGACUUGGGCGAUAUCGAUAUGGACCAAGACACUCAGAUCCAUGACCACGCCGAGGACGAGAGCGGAUAUGGUGAGAACUCUCGCGGUGGUGUGACCGAUGACAUCAGCAAUGCCACGGACGAUGGAUUAUCUGAGUACACCUCAGAUGAUGACAGCUGGGACUUUUCCGAUGACCAGAGUAGUGACUCGAGGGACGACCCGCUGAACCCUCCUGGCCACCCUCCUGACUACACUGGGUCAGUUGAGCAUCCAGAGACAUUGGCGCUAAUCGAGUCCUUGUCACAUCCCAUACCCCAGCCAAGGAUCGUCGCGCCAGUAACCAUCAUGGGCCUUCUGAACAGCGAUGAGCCAGAGCCUCCUGCUCUCCCAUCUCCUCGCCUCCUGCCUCGUCCGGAGCCGGAAAAGACAAAUCCGGAGCAGCCAGUCAGCGCCACCAGCCUUCAGAACUUGAGACCUCCUCGGGACCUUAUCGCAGAUUUAUCAUGCUCGCUUCCCCACGACAUCAGUGCUGAGUACCUCGGCGCCAAAACGGGGAAGACGGAGUUCUUCUUGGCGCGGGAGCAGAACAAGUUGGCGCUCAUCGCUGCUGAGCAACAGCAGAGGACACUCAUGGAGGAGGUCCAAAAUUCCCAACGACGACUGGCCUCUGUGCAAGCUCCUCGCUUUUAUAAUCCUGAGAACAUGGCGCUACCGUACCAACUUGGCCCUGCAUGCUUGGAGCCUCUUGGGCCUUUAUCUAAAGGCCCAAGUCUUCCUCGUCUUGCCGAUGUAGCGGAACCCUAUGCUCUGCCCACCUCGUCAGGACUUGGGCGGGCCGAUCUAGACCGGCCAUUGUCUCCUCCCAUCAUAGCUCCUUCUAUAACCAUGGCUGGAGAUGUGGACAGCUUUUUCCGCCGGACCCAUGUAGGGAUCUCGGACAUCGUUGAAACUCACCAGCAGAGCCCUAGUAAAAAGCGGAAGGCCGAUGACAUGUCGUCAAGCACUCAUAAGCAGGAGCGCUGGGCCAUCGAGACCGCCCAGACACCUCAGACAGAAAACACAAACCACACGGUUGCCGCCAGCCGGGAGGACUCUUCGAAAGAAGGCGAGCGUGCACCGGCUAGCCACUGCGAGGAUAACCUCCUCCGUGUUAUGGGCCGUGUCAGCCCUGCCCCAACACACUUUUCCGAUCAACCUUCCAUCGUGGAGGAGCCGAAUCAGUCGUUCGUUCUCUCCAAGCAAGGCAAGGAGAAUACCGAGAGUAGCGUCAUCACGCCCCCCCUCACCCCCGAGAGACCUGUGAAGAAGCCCCGCAUGAUGAUGGUUGCAGAGCGACUCGGAUACGCAGCUCUCGGAGGCGUCACCGCGGGAGCUAUGAUCAUGGGCACACUCAUCUAUACGGCUCCUACAUUCGGUUAAGCGGCAGUAGACAUACACGCCGCUUUCCAUUGAGAUUUUGUAUUCCCCAUUUGCUAUAACUUAAACAUCUCACUUCAUCGCGCGACGGUUUUCUAGGCGGAGGGUAGGUACAUUCGGAUGGCGUUAGGAGCACCAUUCGCGUCACACUCUCCUUCAUUAGGACACUGGAUGGGUCGGGUUGACUUGGGACAUGCGGACUGGAAUGGUGCAUGAGGUGUCCUGGAGGACACCACAACGGGGCUUGACCGGGUUAUGGGACAGGGAAUUAUAAGGGGUGGGUAAGGCCGGAACGGAAGGGAUAUUCUACCGAGUGACACCGA